CAGGGGUCCUCAGUCCGGAAAUAUGUAUACAGGAGUGUUAUGUGUGUUGGUUGUUGUUGGUAUAUUUCAGUUUCUCUCCCCGACGCAUGUGUCAGUGUGACCCAGCUGAAAGCCACGCCCAAAGACACGUAUUUCUUCUCGCCCAGCUAUCCAGUGAAAUAUGGCGAUAACCUGGAAGAGUCGUGGCUUCUCGUUGCCAGCGACCCCAGUCACGUGAUCCACAUGGAAGUGGUUGACAGUCAGAUCGAGGAUAGUGCCUCUUGCCUAUAUGACUUCGUGCAAGUACACGACGGCGAGAAUGCAUCUGCUCCAGUCAUCGGUAAAUUCUGUGGCAUAUCUACGCCGUCCUACGUCACUUCCGGUGCAUCCAUGUACGUGUUGUUCAAGACGGAUAGCUCCGGCAGCCAUAUUGGAUUCUACAUAAAGUACUUCAGUUCUCCUCCGACCAUAACAACAACAACAUCAUCAACAACAACACAAGAGUGCAUGACGACAACGACAACCACAGCUCCACCUGAUUCCACAACAUUAGGCGAAUCACGGUUAGGCGCAAGCACGGUUGCCAUGUCAACCACAUCAAUUAUCGGCAUCCUCAUCGCUGUAGCAUUCUGUAUAGCGGUUGUCAUCAUCAUAAUCGGGUCUGUCUACAUACACAAUUCCAACAAGGCUAAGAUAGAGCCAAGAAAACGCCCUAACGAAGGCGACGUGUGGAAGAAGAUAUGUUCCACUCCUACACCGAGACGACCCAUACUGAAGCACGAGUCCGACUUGAGCAGCAGAUCUACGACAUCUACAACGGAUAGACUCAGCACCAGUAUGACGUCAGGCUUCUCUUCCGGCACAUCUAGUUCUCCCAGGCAGAAGUCGGUCUCUUUUCGUCUCAACCAGGAUGACUAUGUUAUCCACAGUCUGGCCCCUGUUCCGGAAUCUGGUCAAAGUGUGACAUGUUAUGAUGACGUUGAUGGUAAACAUUUAAACAAUCCUCAAUCCCACUACGCGCAUUUGGGCAUGAUGGAGUUGUCUCCCCGGAGACUUCAACCUAUUCAACUUCCGGAAGCCAAACACGCAACAACCUUAACGUCGUACGCCUCCGAAAGGAUGAAUCAGUCACCGAAGGUAAAAUUCACCGAUGAAACCAGCGAGAGUGACGUCAUGAGCCCCCGAGGCCAAAAUCGCUCCACAGGUCUUCCGAAUGCCUUGAAAAAAGCACGGGAGGCACGACGAGCACGGAAUAAAAACCGCGUGAAGAGCGUUGAAGAGUUUGAGAGGGGUCGCGUGUUCGCCAAAACCAGUGUCAGCAGGAUUGAUCUCGUCCGGUGUGGUAUGUUAGGGGGAGAAAGAACGGGAGUUCCCCGAGUACCAAAAUAUGACGUCAGGCGGAAUGUGGACUAUCCUGAAUAUGACGUCAUCAAUGAAAGUGACGAUUAAAUGAUAAUGUACCCUCUCCCGUGACGCGGGAGUACCCUUUAUUUUAAUAAUCAUUAUACUGACAUUGUGACACUUAUUUGCUAGAAUUUAACAGUGGUGAUUUAUUAACGAA